AUGCGGAAUAAUAACACUGGAAACAACAGCCCCCGAGAUGAUACACCACUAGUUUCCGUUCCGGAUGAACCAGUUCAACAACGAAAGAAAACGGACUCGACAAUUAGGGUGGAUUCCACAACUCCGCAAGUUGAAGACAGACAGAAAGGAAAAGGAAAUCAAGAACCAGUGAAAGUGUCUGAACCAAAAUGGACACCGGUACCAAGGCCGAUAAGUCCAUUCCGACCAUCUUCUAGAAGACGUCUUCCAUGGAAGCACAUAUACACCAUUAUAAGUUUGCUGGCGUUAACAGUAUCUACAGUCACCACAACAGUGAUAUGUGAGUCAGGAAUUCUGAAUAUCGACGAGAAUCACGGUGAAGCAGAGCUAUGCUUGUACGAGAAAUGCAGAAACAUUGCAGCUAAAACAAGAUAUAGUAUCAGUCUUCCACCUCAUCCUCAUAUGGAACGUCACCCAGUUAUGUAUACAGAAUCAGGAAACACGAGAAGAAUAGAUUGCCAUGGAACAGAUGUAUGUCAACAUGCAACUUGGUUUUCCAGAUACCUGAUUGGAAACCCGCACUGUAGCGUGAUUAAAGCAAUUAUAACAGUAUUAGCGCCGAUAAUUUUAGUAUUAUUAAUCGCAGGAGCUCUAUUUAAAUUCUCAACCAGAGAAAGAAGACAACCUGUGAGAGGAUACAUACCAUCACGACUUCAAACGAUGAUUCUAACUCUGAUGGUUUUGAAUACAGUCCAAGGAUACGAAUGUACUGACACGCUAAGUCGACAUCAGAUGGAUUACGUUUGUACAUCAAACCAAUGUAACACAUCCUUUACAAGAGAGCUAUUGUUCAAUACGGCAGUAAGACAAGCUUGUAUCGAAACGACACAUAGCGGACAUAAAAUCAGAGAAACUCAAAUUGACCUAGUCAAAACAAAGUUUAUCUGUCAUAAAAAGUCCAUGUUCUUCACAAGACACACAAGAAUCGAUAUGCCAUACCAAGUGAGUUGCCCAGCAACAAAAAGAUGCGGUGUAUUCAACGGAUGUGCCAACAUGGAUAACAUUUCUGAAGAAUCAGUUUUCUGGGAUACCGACAAAUACCCUGGACGAUCACAUUGCGAGGAAAUUCCAGGAGGAAUACUAAAAGGAUGUUUCUUUACAGCUCCCGCUUGCCUUAUAUUCCGACCGAGCUUCAUACCGACGGAUGAUGCUGUGUAUGAAGUGUUCACCUGCUCUACAUGGACUCCAACGAUCGUAGUGAGAAUAAAAGAAAAAGUGGAUGGAAGAGUAGUGAAUCAAACGAAUGUUGAAAUCACUCCCUAUACCAAGAUCGAGCAUAAUCAUCUAUCAAUCGCAGUAGAGCAAAUAACAUAUAGAGCUACCAGAAAAUAUCUAGGAGAACGAUUCGUAACUAAUAGUAAGUUGACUGCUCUACUAUCACCAACUACAUCAUUCAACAUAAUGUGCGAGUCAUCAGACCAAGCUAAGAACAGAUUCGGAUCAUGUAAUGUGACGCAACCUUGCUCAUGCGCCGCGAGCAGCGUUCCGCCAAAAUGUUCAUGCCCAGGCAUCAAUAUAGAACGGACUUUCUAUUAUAAUAGCCUACCGAUCAAGUCUGGCAAUACAGAAAUAGAUCACAGAGAUACUACAGUGGAAAUAAGUUCGAAUGAAGAAGAAGUGAAUGUGUUCAUAACAGGAAAAGAAAUGGAAGACACAAUGAUGCUCAAGGAUAAUAAUAAAUGCGAAAUAUCUGAAGUAAAAGCAAUAGGAUGCUACGAUUGUGAACACGGAAUGGCUGUACAGCUGAAAUGUAAAUCUACGGAGAAGAUGACGAUAGCAGUAAAAUGCGAAACUCAAGUAACAACGAUACAAUGCGAUUCUCAUAGCCCAAAGUCGAAGAAAAUAAUAUACGCACGAGAACCAGAGACAAGAAUGGAGUGCACAGCGUUUUGUGAAGAGAAGACAAAAUUCUGGAUUAACGCGUCACUGAUAUACAUGCCAGAACACGUAGGACAACUUACAGACGCUAAGCCAAGAAAACAGAAAGAACAACGCUGGAGCCUAGGAACAUUCGACAUGGAGUUACCCAAUUUUGGACCGAUUUUUGGAAGCUUAUGGAAUCAUUGGAGAGUGACCGUUAUAACUGUUGUAGUAAGCAUAUUAGCAAUUAUUAUUAUUAUUCAGUUAGCUCCUCUGUUGAUCAUUAUUAUAGGAAAUUUGUUAAGUUAUUUAAUCAAAGUUCUAAAUCCAUAA